CACAUGACGUUUACCUUUGUGCAUAAAAUUGGAAUAAAUAGUAGUUGGGGCACAAGGCAACCGGAGACCUACUGUCAGCAGUUUCGCACAUUAUCAUCUUCCUCAUCUUCCUCAUCUUCAUCAUCCUAUAUUAAUAACAACCUCAUUCAUUCAAUUUCAUUUCAAUUCUCAUACACAUACCUACCUACUGUUGUUCUUUUUUCGACGAAUUUGAGGAUGGAUUCGGAGGUUUUGGUUGCUCUUUCUCUCUCACUUGUUGGUGGAUUAAGUACUUCUUUAGGGGCGCUUUUUGUAAUAUUAACUAAAGCUCCAAACUUGAAGAUGCUCGGACUUUUACAGGGUUUUGCCGCAGGCCUUAUGCUAAGCAUAUCAUUCUUCGACUUAGCCCAUAACGCGAUAAAUUCCAUCGGCUUUUUGAAAGGCAAUAUUUGGUUCUUUGGAGGUGUCAUUUUCUUUGCCAUUGUUGCUAAUUUUAUUCCCGAACCGUCGCUUGCUCCUACUAUAGAAGCGAAAAAUAAGAAGAAACAAGUGGAUGACGGGGGAAAAGACGUCAUGAAAAAACAUCGUCGCCAAGUUUUAUUUAGUGGCAUUAUAACCGCAGUUGGCAUAAGCUUACACAAUUUUCCUGAAGGAAUGGCUGUUUUCCUUGGAUCACUCAAGGGUCUUCGUGUCGGCCUUAACUUGGCUUUAGCCAUAGCGUUGCACAAUAUCCCAGAGGGUGUUGCUGUUGCACUUCCGGUUUAUUUUGCAACUCAGAGCAAAUGGCAGGCGUUUAAAUUGGCAACGGUUUCUGGCCUUGCUGAGCCUUUGGGUGUCAUAAUCGUAGCAUAUCUCUUCCCGAGUAGUCUAGAUCCCGAGAUUCUCGAGGGCUUGCUAGGAUCAGUUGGUGGAGUUAUGGCCUUUUUAACGCUACAUGAAAUGCUGCCAUUAGCAUUUGAUUACGCUGGACAGAAACAAGCUGUUAAAGCCGUCUUCUUCGGAAUGGCCUUCAUGUCUGCAAGCUUGUAUUUUCUGGAGAUCAGCUUACCGUCGGAUGUAGGCUUGUAGAUGCGAAUUCGUAACCGGGAUUUACUUUCAUUUAACUCCCUUGGAAAGAUUAAAGGGUGACAAGUAGAGCAAGGAUAAACAAAAUGUACAUACACAUAUGAUGCUAUUCUUAUUUGUACUUUAUAUAACAUUUUAGGCUUAUUUGAAAAUUAUAUUAUGCUAUUUGGAUUCUUCUGGUCUUA